UUUUGCUGCACUCCGCGGCCUCAGUAGGACGUGUGGGACUGCCCUGGUGCCCAUCAUGAUGGUUGUAUCGUCGUUCCUUCUCAUCUUCUCAUGGAUUGCCUUCGCGUCCACUUCAAUUGACCUUGACCCUGCUGACCAGUACGGGUGCACCUUUGAUGUUGACGUCUGCGGCUGGACAAUAGAGGGCCCGGUCUAUAAUGGACCAGGGAUGUGUGAUCACGGCUGGCCACAUGAUGCAGUACAUGGCGUGACUGAUUCCGGUAUGUACAUGUGUUUCUACCUGGAGCACCUGCCAAUGUUGGGCACCAGCCGAGCCCGCCUCGUCAGUCCAACCAUCAACACUACCCACCCUGUGGUGUUGAGUUUCUAUGUCGGCACGGUCAGACCGCCGAACUCCACAUACCUUAACGUGUUCGUGAUGAACAUGGACGGUACAGAAUCUCUGCUUUGGUCGACGUCUGACCUCCUGGCUCCAUGGCAACAUGUACAUGUACGAGUGACACAGUCUGGGCCUUAUCAAGUCGUGAUCGAAGGCAUUCCAAAUCCGCCGUUCUUCCCGAAUUUUGGUAUUGACGACGUCAGGAUCAUGGCGACUGAUUCCGCUGCCACGACCGAGGCCAUACAAACACAUGGAUCGUCGACCGAGGUUGUGACUACGACAAGUAGCCAAGACGGCACCGCCAUUCCCACGACCAACACGCAAGAUACAGCCAUUUUUCCUACGACCAGCACUCAAGAUAAGACCACCUUCCCUAUGACUAGUGUCAGGGAUACGGGCACUGUCCAUGCGACCAGUAGCAGGGAGGAAACCACACAAGCCACACGAGUUCCAACAACGAAGACAACGGACAGCUAUCUUCUCACUACUCUCAAAAGCGGCAUCUCUAUGUACUUCACAUCUAAAGCAACCAGCUACUUUCCAGAUCUCUCAAGGGAAACAACAAAACCGUCUGACCCCUCCAAACCUCUUUCGACGACGUCCAAGCUAGCAGCGGCGCCAACGAAAGCUGCCCAGCGCGGAGACAACAACCAGGCUGGCGCCAACCCUGUUCCCAUCGCCCUCGGUACAACGGGUGGUUUACUGGUCGUUGCAAUCGGUGCCUUCGCUUUCUGGAAAAAAUACGCAGGAAAAACAGUAGUUUCUCCCGAGAAUAAUCCCCAAGACCAUGACCUACUCUCCCAGACCGAAUUGGUCCUGAUCUGAUCAUCUUCGCCAGGACGUUAUGUUUUCGGUUGUGGUUGGUGGACUCUGGCUGUGGUCUGGGUCGGUGUGUAUAUUAACAGCAUGAUUGUGAAAACGAAGAUCAAGUUAGAAAAUGGUUCAGCUGGCGUUUUCCUACGGUAAUGCAGCGGGCUGUGUAUGUGUGUGUGUGUGUGUGUGUGUGUGUGUGUGUGUGUGUGUGUGUGUGUGUGUGUGUGUGUGUGUGUGUGUGUGUGUGUGUUUGUUUGUUUGUUUGUUUGUUUAUUUGUUUGUAUUUCGACAACAUAACUCGAGAAGUGCGGCUGAAUAAAAAUACCUGAAGGAUGAUCUUCUUUAUAAUCAGUAGGGGGAAUUUAUAAUUCGUCAAUUCGGCUUUGUGUGACAUGGCUUUACAAGGGACGCCAGCUGAAGCAAUUGCAAGGUCGUGUGACACUGUUCUGCCGAUCUUCUUCCUUCGCCCUGUCUCUAUAUCUGUUUAUAUCUGUUGGUUGGUCUGCUGUCUUCAAUUUUGAUACCACGAAUAAAUCUUUAACUCCAUUGCCAAUUCGUUAGAUUUUUUUACAAUUGGCCUCAAUCGGCCGCAGUGCUUGAGAAUAGACAAACUUUCCCCUCAAAAUCUCUUCAUAACCCAUUAAAGCUGCAUUAUAACCCAGUCAGCUGAACUGCUCCAAUUAUACAUGACUUAGAGCCUCCUCAACAAACAGUUCAAGAACCCAGACGUUGUAAACUGAAUCGCACUACUAAUGAUUGCUCAGCAACGGGUGUGGGGAAAGGGUGUGGUUUAUCAAGACGUAUUAGUCUCUCUAAGGUUACGGUUUUAGCAUACGUAAGGACGAUACGCGACCAUUUUGUCCGUCCACGCUACAAGAAGACACUGCGUGGCUGUACGGGUCUCCACCAUGGUCCGUUCACCGUCCUUUCUUCUCUUGUUCUCAUGCUUUGCCGUCUCAUCCGCUUCAAUCAACUUAGACCUUGGUGGCCAAUACAGUUGUACGUUUGACUUCACCAUCUGUGGAUGGAGCCUAGAGGGUGCGAUCUUUCAUGGAGCACCGGCCGAAUGUGAUUACGGGUGGCCCGUAGCAGCACGUCCUGGCGUUACAAUUGGUGGUGAGUACGUGUGCUUCAACCUGGAAGAGCAGCAUUCAUCCGGCACCAACAGAUCUCGGCUCAUCAGUCCAACCAUCAACACUACCCACCCUGUGGUGUUGAGUUUCGCUGUCGGCACGGUCAGACCGCCGAACUCCACAUACCUUAACGUGUUCGUGAUGAACAUGGACGGUACAGAAUCUCUGCUUUGGUCGACGUCUGACCUCCUGUUUCCUUGGCAACGUGUACAAGUUGGAGUGGGACAGACUGGGAUGUACAAAGUCGUGAUCGAUGGCGUUCCGGAUCCUCCCAGCUUCCCAAAGUUUGGCAUUGACCAGAUAACCCUUACUGCUGUUCUGUACUUAAAUACUACGACGGCCGAACCUUUCACCGACAUUGUGACUACUGUUGGUAGUCAAAACAACAUCACUUUCCCCACGGCACAGAAUCCUACAUUCAAAACAACGACCCAACUGUCUGUCCCUCCCAAGACCCCGACAAUGACGUCUAAACUGACACCAACGAAAUCCGUCCAGCUUGGGAACAGCGGUACUACCGGUGCCGACCCCCUCCCCAUCGCCCUUGGUAUAGUGGGAGGUCUUCUGGUCGUGGCAAUCGUUGCGUUCGCUGUUUGGAAACUAUACCCUAGAAAGGCCAUGGUUUCUCCAGGGCAGAGUGCACAAGAGCACGACCAACUCCCGUAAAAUAUGUUGGCUCCGAUCUAAUCUUAUCCAUAUCUUAUCUAGAUGAUUCCCAACCGGGCAAUAGCCCUUCAGGAGCCCUGAAAUAUUCAGUGACAUAGAUGCAAUAAAUAACAUUUUUCUAUAAACAAAUGUACGAAACGUAAGUUCAUGUUUAGGUUAGAAUAAAUUAGAGAACAUAAACGACUGAUAAAAAAGAUUAAAAUUUGACUGCAAAGCUGUACAUAGAUGAUGACUGAGAUGAAGAAGAACUCAAAAGAGGAUAAACAUUCAACGCUUCAAUAUUGAACCACAAAAAGUUACCUCGUACGUCACUCAUAAUCAGAGCUGAUGAACGCGUUAAGAUGUUGAUAAUGUAUUUUCCUCUUUUCCUUUGUCCAAGAGCACAGCAAAUCUAUAGUGGUAUGUUCACCUCACUACAUUUAAUAUCACUUUUCACACAUAACAUAGGCUAAAAAUACUACUUAGUAGAAUUAGAAAACAUAAAGUGCGAGCUACAUACUUAUAAUGUAGAGCUGUUUACAGUCGUAAUGUAUGACUCCGUCAUCAGUAGCCAAUAUACAUGUACAACAAGACUUCACGGAAAAGCACCAACACAUAAUAUCACACUUGUAUAAUGUACUUGAAUAUACGUAUAGAUAGCACCAGAACAAUAAGAGGUAUCAUGGAUUCGUAAACUAAUUGUUCAACUAGCUCCUUGCAAAACUUGUAUAGUCAGUUCCAAAACUGAUUUUGAGUUUGGCUGUUAUGAUACUAGUUCCUGAGCUACAGCUUAAAUGAUAACUUUGUUCUCAAGACAAGUGUUUUAUGAUAGUAAACCUUUACUCAGAGCAAAAAAACAUGUUCUAGCUCAUUUGUAUGUAUCCUUCGAUUCUAUAGCAGUCAUUACGCCUUUUUCAUAGAUGAUGAGAUCUUGAAUUGGGUUAAACGUCCCAAGUAUGUUGCACGAGUCAGCCAGGAUGUGUUUUGUAGAAUAUGUUUUCCAGAAUGUGUUUUAACAUAUUCGUUUUCAACACAAUCAUUCCAUGUAGAGAUGUGAAGACCGAUGAAUGAAUUUCCGUCUAUGAUGUAUGUUACAAAAGAGUAAUAGCACCUUUCUGUGUAAUGUUAGCAGCAAGUUUUCCGUUUCUACAACAGUCACAUCUACAAUAUCAGCCCUUAGUCUUUGGUACGGACAUCUAAAAAUUCAUUCCAGCAAUUUUGCUGGAGAGAAAGAAAUUGUACAGCAAUAAAAGUCUACCAAAGGCGGUUAAGAAAACACCUUGAAGUUGAUAGAAACACUGUUUCCAACUGGGAGUAUUGUUUCCAUCCAGGGAUACCAAUGAAAAGACUAUACAUACUCAUAUUCACCAGUUUACCUGUACAUGUACAUGCAUUUACUUUCGCGGUGGUUUUAUAUUCGCUGGUUUUGCGGUGUCCUU